CCCCACCGCGCCUUGGCGGCACCUGCCCCAAGCUUCAGCGCAUCCCUCAACACGUUAUCCUGGACCUUGGAAUACUCUGCUUAGCCUAGGCAAUGAACACCACCAAUCAGUUCACUUGCCAGCCAAUCUGUUAUCUCCUUUCACGUAAUGUAAAUGUUGGUUUCGCCUUAAAUUGACAUUAUUGCAAAUUAUCUUGAAGUGUACAAGAUGAAAAGCUUCGUAAAAAUGUCUUUUUUUCAGUGGUGCUCCAGUUCAAUACUUCAAAAUGACUAAUUCUUCAUAAUUCUGUUAAUUGUGUAGAAACUGUCCAUUUUGCCCGACCAGUUCAGGACAGCAUUUAUACAACACUGAAACUUCUUUCCAUCCUUAGUCUUCUAAUGCUAUUGGUUCAAAUGUCCAACCCAUUGUUGCCCAUAUGUUUCCCUUUAAAUAGUUCUCAUUUUUCCAUGUUCCUGCCACUCUGAUAUAAAAACUGUUUCUUCUAGAUUUCUGAUGAUUUAUUUGCAACGAUCUUGUAUUUGUGGCCUUUCAUUCCUCACAAUUGGCAUGGUUCCUCGAAGCUAUAAAACCCUUUCAUCAUUUUUAGAAGAUGGACUUGUACUUGUAUACCCCGUUUUCAAAGAAAAGUAAUUUUAUAUGUUUAUGCUGAUUGUAGUGACCUCCGUUCUGGUAAUAUCCAUGCAGAUCUUUUGGCAUCCUCUUCAGGAUCUCUGUAUCCAUUUUCAUAUAUAGCCAUCGUAUCAUCUAAGUAGGCCAAUUGGUCCAUUGAGUCUGUUUCACCAUUCAGUAAGAUUGUGGCUCAUCUUUAAACCUCAACUCCACUUUCCUGCCUUAUCCCCAUAAUAUUUGAUUUUCUUACUGAUUGAAAAUAUAUCCAUCUAUCUCUGCUUUGCAUAACCUUAACAACCUAGCCUUGACAGCUUUCUGCAAUAAAGAGUUGCCUACCCUCGGAAAAUAACUCUCAUUUCACCUUACUCUGAGAUUAUACCCUGAGGUUCUAGACUCUUCCAUGAAGGAAGCAACCUCUCUGUAUCUACACUGUCAAGCCCUGUAUUUCAGUCGGAUCACCUAUAAUUUUCUAAAUGAGUACAGGCACAACUUAUUCAACCUCUCCUCUUAACGAAAUCCCUUACUCAGAAUCAACCUAGUGAAUCUUCUCUAGACUGCAUCCAAUGUUAGUAUAUCUCCCCUUGUAUAAGGGGAUGAAAACCGAUUGCAACUGGAAUACUAUAAGUAGGCCAAUGUCUUGUUCUUGUAUAAUUUUAGCAAGACCCUCCCUAAUUUUUUUAUACUCCAUUCCAUUUAAAACUAAGGCCAACAUUCCAUUUGUCUUCCCUGUUACACACUGAAAUUCGACGCUAAUGUUUUGUGAUUCAUGCACGAGGACCUGUAAAUCCCUCUGUGCUGUAGCCUUCUGACCAGAAGUGUGCACAAUACUUCAAGUGUGGUCUAACCAAGGUUUCAUGCAAGUUUAGCAGAAAGCCUUUUCAAGUCUCUCUCUCUCUCUCUCUCUCUCUCUCUCUCUCUCUCUCAGCAAAUCCAACACUGGUUUGUUUUGUAGCUGUUUUAUUGUAUCAUAUCACCACAUUUAAGCAUUUGUGUGUUUUGUACUCCUGGAAGUAUUACUUUCUCCUGUUCUCCAUUUAGAUUCUUAUUUUCAAAUAUUCCUUUACCUCCACUUUCCUUUUGUUUUAUAGUGAGUCAGCUAUCUGUUGUGGUAUUUGUUCGCUGAUUCCAUAUGCUAUGACUUCCUUAAUUAAUCUGUUGAUAAAAAUCUAGGUCUAUUAUUUUGGUAUGUUGUCUUUUGUCUCUGAGUUCUUUGGCGAGGGAACAUUGAGGUGGACCAAGCAAGACUUGGUUGUGAAAUUCAUGUUGACUCUUCAUUGGUAUUUUAAAUUUUCUACUUUUUUUUUCUCCUUCAGCAGGAAUGCUAUUACUGCUGUUAGGCUGACUAAUCUACAGUUGCUGGACAUGUUUUGCUUAUCUUGUCAAACACACGUGUAACAUUAAUUAUUUGCUAGUCACCAGGCAGUGUACUCUACUUUGUUUUCAGUGAAUUAUAUGCAUAAUGUACUGCCUUUUUUUUUACUUCUUCGCUAGAACCUUUUAAAGAUGUAGUCUCUCAGGGCUGGGGAUUGUAUCCUGCGUUUGAUUUAGAUUUAAUCUUUCCAUGUUCAUAGCAUCAUUAAGACUGCUUAUUUCCACCUCUACAAUAAUCCAACUUUGCCCUGUCACAGUUCUUCUACUAAAAAACCUUCGCUUGUGUGGUCUCUCACAUACUACUCUUUGUAAGCUGGAGGGCAUGUAAAAUUCUGGCCCGAGUCUUAAUUUGCAGCAAGUCCCAUUAUCCCGAUAUCCUGUGUGCCUCAUUAACCUACUUUUGGCUCCCAGUCAACCAAUAUGUUGAUAUUUAAAAUUUUCAUCCUUGUUUUCAAAUCCCUCUGUGGCUUUGACCCUCUUAAUCUCUAUAAACUCCUCUAGGAUAUCUGCACUCAUCCAAUAUUGGCUAAUUCAGCAAUUUUAAUUGCUCCACUAUUGAUGGCUGUAUCUUCAGUUGCCCAAGCUCUGGCACACCUUCCCUACUUAGCUUUGCUCCUCUGCUGUGUUUUCCUCCUAUAAAUUGAGUAAACAUAACCUUGUUGAGUCAAUCUUUUAGUCUUUAGUUUUCCACACUUUUUAUGUGGUUCAGUGUGAUAUUGUGCUUUAUAAAGCGCCUGUAAAGCAUCUUGGAAUGUUGCAUUUCUUUAAAGAUGUUGAAAAAACAAGUUGUUACAUUAUAAAUAAGCUGGUUGUUAUUUUUAAUCUCAUUUUAUGUCAUGUCUACCUAAUAAUCCUCGCCAGUAACCAGUGAAGCAAAAUUAUUAAUAUUUGUCCUACCCUGAUCAUUCUUUCAUGAAUUAGCUCCCAUACUGACUUAAUGUUUUUUAUGCCCAUGAAAUAUUUCUUACAUUUUUGUUUUACAUUCCUUGAUUAAUUUAAUGUCAUUAUGUAUAUUUGAGUCUCUAAUUAUUGUUUUUGGCUUCCAGACUUUAUCCUUGUCGUGUCUCUUGUUCUUUCCUCUGUCCUUACUUGCAUACCUUAUUUCUUGCCCUGAUUUUCCCUUGUAUUUUUAAUUAUGGUGUUUCAUUCAUGUUUAAUUUUGAUUGAAAUAAUUUCAUAACUCUUUUAUAACAUGCAGUUAUACUCCACCCAAUGGAAUAUCAUGGCAAGCAAGCAGAUUCUCUUCUGUGUAAAGAACUGAAGAGUGUAAACAUCUUUCAAGUGAUACGGUCACUAUGUGGUUCAGGAAUCCUCACCAAUAUAAAAUUAAAGCUUGUCAUAUCUGUCUCAAGAAACUCAAUUUCUUUAUGGGAUUUUUCUACUCCCAAAAGGUGGCAGGAGGGCAAACCAUUGAGCACUAGCCACCACCUCAAAAUCAACUUUUGGGAGUUGGUCUAGUGGUAACAUUUCUAAUCUGUCUCCAGCUAAGGCUCUUAACUGGGCAAUAUUUUGAUCAUUUGAGGACCUCCACUUGCUAUUAGUCUAAUUACUUGCAACACAGUAGAUGAGAAAAGUGGCUGUUAUCCUAAGAGGGAGUCUCAGGCAUUCUAUCUACGGGGUUUGGGAUGUGCCUUCGUCUGGGUGAAUUGAUGACAUGGAUGGGGGCCAGCAGUUAGCCAUUGAAGGCUGUUUGCCGCUGACCUUCUCACUGUAAACCCCCAUCCCACAAUACAUCACCCGCUCAAAAAAAACUCUCAUCAUUAUGUUGUUGGUGCGACUUAUCAUGGCUACACAACGUGGAACUCUGUUGCUUUCCAGCCAUGCUUUCCAGCACUGUGGCUGUUGAUCUCUGGCCAGCGGCUUCUUGUGGGCCAGGACUUGUGACAGGGUUCUUAAUAUGCUGAAAAGCCCGCCAAACAGCAGGAGAGUUUUCUUGUUGCAUUAGGGCAAGGGGCCACCUCUGAAGUUGAAAGUGACUUUUAUUUUGUUUCUAUAUGUAUAUAUUAUGCAAAUAUUAGAUCAUUGUGGUAAAGUCCACCUGCAUUUUCAUAUUUUUGUGAAAUACAAUGCUGAAUUCAUUUUUAAUUAUACUGCUGCAGUGCCAUGAUUGAGCUUAGUGACUGCUUCAGGAAGACCCAAUUAGCUCUGGCUUCAAAUGCAUGUUGACAGGGCAUGUUCAGGCUGAAUUCCCAAAUUAUGCACUUGUAUUUGAAUACCCUGAUUGCUUUUUCUGUGGAGUCUUGCAAGUAAACAUUUGUGUUUGGGAGAUCCAGAAGAUCCCUCCUGUGUGUGGAAAUCAAAUUUGAUGCUUUUGAGAAAGGAAGGGGAAAAUGUUGUUUGGGGAAAAAAAAGUGCAUACACACCAGGGUGAUUAAAUUGAAUGUGUCAAAUCAAAUUUUAAUAGAAGAUCUCUGAUAUGUUUAAGUCAGAUAUUCUUUGAUUUUAGAAGACAAAUUUAAUGUUUUGAAGGUGCAGCAUUUAUAUUAAGAUAUGUAUUUUCUUAUAUACAAAUGUUGUCCUCAAUGAGAUAUUUAUUUUGAUGUCUGUUGCUCAAAAUUAAUGUUGCCACAGCAAAUUAUGCUUGGAUUGGUUGCCUAGCAAUGUACAUGCUAUGAGCAUAACAAUCAUAGGGAAGAGCAACAAGACAUCAAAGUCUUUAGUGUAAGUGGAGAAAGGAUAUGACAGAGCAAAAAACAGUUUGGGAGAACUAACAGAAAGAUGGUGCCGCUUGAAAGGAAACCUGCUCUUCUUAAUGAAAAAUAGAAGCAGUACAUCAGACCUUGCUGAGGUUAUAGUCCUGGAGCGAUGUGACAUUGUGGAGUGCAGCGAUAACAGGAGUGCAGCAUUCACUGUCAAAUUUCAGAGUGGCGAGCCAGAGAUUUAUCUUGAGGCUGUCUCAAAGUCAGACUGUGAAGACUGGAUUGCAGCACUCCGAGAGGCAAACUCUGAAGGUUUGCAAAGGAGAAUUGUACAGCUCCAGCAAUUCAUCAUGGAAAUCAAAGCAAAUACAAGCCCAGAUGGAAUCCACCAGAUUCUUCCUCUACCAGAGAUACAAUCUCCACUGAUAAGUAUUGGGAAAACUCCUUUUGAACCAAAGCUGGAAUUCAGUCUUGCAUGCAAGGAACUGGUGGCAACAACUCGUGAACGGAAACCAAAUUCUUUUGUGCAGAUCACUAUCAUAAAUCCUACACAACAGAGUCUGAUCAGAUACUCUAAUACUGAAACAGUGGAGGGAACAAGAGAUCCAGUGUUUUUGACUGGUGCUACUUUCCCACCGGGCUAUCCCAUUUAUGAGGAAACACGGGUGAAGUUAACAGUCUACGAUGUCAAGGAGAAAUCCCAAGAAACCCGAAGCUUCCUGGGCUCUGCUACAUUUGCUGUAGGUGAUCUGCUGAAAUCAGACGAGCAAACGUUAACCAUUAAUUUGAGCCCUUUAGAUGGUUCAAGCAAAGUGGGGACCAUAGUGGUCAGCAACCUUAAAAUGGGAGAGAAUGAAACUGAAGAAACAGACCAAAGCCCUGGUGAGGUUUCGAGGCCAAAGCCAACUUCUUUUUGUGGAAAUCUGUUGCACAGAAGUAUUAAAGACCCCGAAAAUUCCUCACUUCUUGAUUCAGUCUUUAAAAAUAUCAUAUGGAAAGUCUACAGAUUGCCCACAGCUAAUGGUAGGUGGCUGUGUGUAAGGGAACAGAUGGCUGAAACUACACUGUCUUUCCUCAUCCCUAAGCAGAUGAUUGCACUUUUCAUCCAGGAAGAUAUGAGAAGGUUGCAAGAUCUGGAGGAGCUGGGGGAGCUUUCCGCUCACUGGGACACUCUGCGACAAAACGUAACCAUCCAUUACCAGCAUAUGAUUAGCAGCUACAAAGAAAUGCUUACAGAACUCAAUAAAUUCUCAGGGUCAUCAUUUAAACCGAGCUGCAGCAGAGGAGAAAAGAAGCUUGAAUUUAUUCCAGUUAAUUUGCAUUUACAAAGAAUGCAUGUACAGAGUAGUUCUACCAAAACUGAUGGCAUCUAUGAUGUUGUUACCAUUGGAGCUCCUGCAGCACACAUUCGGGGGUUUCGAAAUGGAGGUCUUCGCAGGCAAUUGUACAGAUUUGAGGGAGAAAAAAGGAAUUCAUCAUACCAGUAUAUCUAUUACUCACCUGAAGAUACGACCAAAGCAAAAGAAGUAAUAACCAACAUUUAUAAGCUUCAACCGCUCAUAUUGAGCAACACAGAGCUUCUACUUACUGCAGCAAGACAACACUCUACUGACAGUCUCAAGGAUUCAUUGAAAACACUCAGUGAAAUUACUGAACAGUUUGUACAUGCUUUCGAAGACCAGUUGCUGAGAAGUGCCCUGUUAGCUUUACAUAAGGCUCGUCCAAGCUACAUCAACAAAAGACAACCCAAUCCCACCCAUAAUCCAGAUGGCAGUGAACAACAGUGUGAAAACAAUGAACGCAGGUCCAGCAAAGAUUCAAUUCCUCACCAUGCUGAAUAUGACGAGGAAGAUUGGGAUAGAGUGUGGGUGAAUGUGGGGAAAAGCUUGAACUGUAUUAUUGCAAUGGUGGACCGACUGCUUGAACAAGUUGACAUAGAACAACAAUGUAAGGUUGAGCCUUCAGCAGUUAAUCAAAUCACCUCUUCAGCUUCUGAUGACUGGUAUGAAGGACUGUACCCUCUGGUAGUUACUUUAAAGGACUGUGUCAAGGAAGUGAUUGACAGAGCAAAGAAGGCCAUGGUAUUUGUUCUUCUUCAAGAUUGUGGUUCCAAUAUAUCUCAGGCCCUGGCAUUGCAUCAGAGGAGAGAUGUUGUCUUCAGCCAAGCACUUGCAGGCCUCGUCUGUGGUUUUGUGAUCAAACUGCACACAUGUUUACAUGAUCAGGACUUCCUAUUGCAGCUUCACACUGUGGGUUUGCUUGUACAGUUUGAAGGACUUCUCAGCACAUACAGCGAGGAGAUUGGAAUGCUAGAGGACAUGUCAGUUGCAAUCAUAGAUUUACAGAAAGUGACAUUCAAAGUUGGUGAAGCACAUUUGGAGGAGAGUGCCAGUACCAAUCUUUUUCCUGUUGUGACUGGAAUCAGAGAUUUUUACACAGUGGAGGUUCAGCUUCCCAGUAGAUUGUUUGAAGUUUUGCCGCAAGAGAUUAAAGAUGGAAAGCUGCUGCGUGUGCACCCAGUAUUUUUUAACAUUGGAAUAAAUGAACAACAAACUCUGGCAGAGAGGUUUGGAGAUAUUUCUCUACAGGAAAUUAUCAAUCAAGAGAAUUUUAAAUUACUCAGUAAAUAUUAUAAAAUAUUUCAAGAGAAUCUAACAUCAAAUUGUCUGCCUCAAUUUCAAACUCAGAUUGAUAUAAAAGAAUUAUUUCAAAGCCUUAGCCAAAACAUCCAAGUUCGGAAAAGAAAAAAUGUAGAAGUCCUAAAACUUGCUGCUUCGAUUUGCCGAAGGUUAAACGGAAUACGCGUCACAAGCUGUAAAAGUGCCAAAGACAGGACAUCCAUGUCAGUCACAUUAGAACAAUGUGUGAUUCUUCAAGAAGAGCAUAGUCUACACCCAGACUAUUUUGCCAGAGCAUUGGACUGCAUGAGGAGCAGUUAUGCCAAAGGAACAGUGAAUGACACCGAUGACCCUGAGGCAGUCUCUGAUAACAGACCAACUUCAAGCCACUUCUAUCCUGUCGCCUUGCUGCUUGUCAGUUCACACUUGUUGGUAGUGUGGCUGAUUUUAAGUCUUGCUUUACUCUUGGCCAAAUAUCAAUAAAAUGCACUUGUUUACUACAUCAUUUUGUAACUAACAAUGUAUCCAUGUAGAUAUAUAUGACUUGGUUUGUAACAGAACUAACAUGUUUGUAAGUCUUAAGUAAUUGUACUCCUGUGUUUGGGAAACUGUCUGAACAAAUUAAUUUAUCUCGAUGUCUUUGCGUCAAUACAUUUUUUUGCUUAUUUUGUACCAAUUUGUUGCUUCUGGCUCAAAUUAUGCUUUGCGUUACUAUUAAGAUCUACUUUCAGGUGUUUUACAUAAAAUCCUGGUCUGUUAUUCCAAACGGGUGACUACAGUAAUUGUAAAAGAUAUUUGUUUUCUUAAAAUAGCAAAAUAUUAUUAAAAAAUGUAAAUGUAUAAAAUCAUGCUAUAUUUUUGGUCAGAAAUCUAUUGACAGCAGUCCUAAAUAAAAAAAAUUAGUUCAUUGAAUCAGAAACAUGCUGAAAAUCUUUGUAAAUAAUUUAUAUGUUUGAUUUGAUGUACACGAAAAGAGAUGCAAGGUCUGUUUCAUCUAUGAAAUGUAAUAAUUUUAAAAGGUUACAGCCCCAUUCCAGAGAGUGCAAUAUGAGCACAUACUUUAUGUACUUCCUUUGUUGCAUGAUUUCAAUUCAUACUGAAAAGACAUUUGAAAUCCUGGGAUGUACAUGAGUUUUUUUGAAACUAACCUCUGACCUCACUAAGCUAUUAAUGAUGCGAUAUCCAGUGAACGUGAGUGGGAAAUCACAUAUCAGGAAGCUGAAUUCGGCUGGAAUUUUUUUUUAUUUCAAAAAUAUAUUUUAUUCAUAAAAAUAUCUUCACAUACAUGCACAGACCCUAGGAUACUGGUAGACAGUCCCUGGCCAUGUGAGUGAUGAGUGGAGAGGUGGGGGUAAUCAGAAACAAUGGUGGUUGCAUGAAUGAGAAUUUAUGGUAGGGUUACUAAAGGAUAUUUAAAGGAUUUUACCAGGUCUGAAUCCUUAUAGGAUAUAUUUGGACUGAAACAAGUUGACAAAGCUUCUGCCUGCCUUACAUGACCUUGACACUGCCAGAAAGCUGCAGUUAAGAUGGCAUUGAUACAAAUACCGUGGGAUCAUUACAAAUCAGGAGAAUUUAGUUAAUCAAAUUUGUGGUUUUUAAUCAGUUUCAAAAUAGUGCAAUUAUAUAUAUUAAAAUAAUGUUGUUAGUACAUCCAUUAUGCAAGCAUAGAUGGGAAUUGAGCAUGGGGACCUUGAAGAAUCCCCUCAUUACAUAUGAAGGAAUUGCCUGAAAGUUGAAUUAUUUGCUGGGUAAUUCCCCUAUGUGUGGGAUUCUCAAAAAGUUAGCUUUUAAAUUGGAGACUUUGGAUUGUUUGAUUAAAUUAAGUAAAAUAUUUACUCAGGAAAUGCUCAACUAUGAAAAACAUUGUGUAACUCCUGAAUGACUAUUAAAUUAAUCCCAUACUUACCCAUAGACUCUGAGAUGACCUGCUCCCCCAGACUGAAAACCCCAUUUCCCCUCUGCUGAACCCAACUCCUACCCUUCUUAUCAGAUCAAAACUGACACCUCACUCGCCCCUACUGGGCUGACCUGACUCAGUCCAACCACCACUGGACCUGACUAGACUAGACCAUCCAACCCUGCCCACCACGACCACCACUGAACCUAAGGCCACAGCUCCAGACGUAACAUCCAGUCUUCCCAUCAUGGCAUUCAGAUUUUUCACACACAAUGUGAUCUACCCUAAACACUUCAUCACUUGUCUUGCCAUCUUACAACCUACAUUAUUCACACUUGGCAUUCUAACUCCUAUCCAGGUAACAAGUUACAUUGCUAGCACACUAUCUACCUGGCACCCUACGCAGCUGGCAUCUACCAACGUAUUACCCUACCCCAAACAUAUCUGGCUUCCUACUUCUGGCAUAAUUUACCUUUUCCAGCUGGCACCCUACUUACCUGUCACCCUAUCCUAAUACCCAUCUGUCACCCUAUUUUCCCAGCUCCCUAAUGUCACAUUUGCCUACUCAGCGUUUGACAACAGCUGUAAAACUGGCUGUCAGAACCUUUACAUUUCAGGUGACCGCUAGGAAAAGGUACCCCUGAUUGGAAUCUCCUGUCAGAAUUGUAGAGCUCCCUCCCUUCAUAAAAAAGGACCAGUGUGACAAUCUGCAUAAAAUUAACCCUCCUCAGAAAAUCUAACCCGUGAUGUCAAUGUUUCUUAAAGCUGCAAUGUACAGUUUAACUAUAUAGGCUGCCAUUAUACCUGGCAGCAGGAUCUUGUUCAGAGCAAUUUAUAAUUUGUAUGAUACUUGGGCAAUUUGUUAUUUGUGCCUGGUAUAAUUACAGGGAACCUUGCAACUUGGAGUGAAAUGAGCCCAGAAUAAGUAUGACCAUGGAAAUAUCACAGAGAUGAACCAUAACGUCACACCGUAUGCCCACCUAAAAAUAAGAAGCAGACACCUCUCAAAUUUUCUGUUUUCUAUCUGUUGACCCUGGGCACAUCUGUAGUAAUGUAUUUUGGGAAAUCAAAUGCGAGAGGCAAGUGUACAAUAAAUCAGAUUUAGAUUUAUUGUCGCAUGUGUAAAAAUACAGUGAAAAAUGUUUUUUCACAUGUUAUACGUAAUGUGUUGCCAUGUUCUGGUGCCAUGUUGAAACACUGAAUAUAAUGAAAGAUUUUACUGCAAUAGAGGUCAUCUGUCUCUCUCUCCUUCUUGUUCCUCCUCUGUGUUCCUCCAGUUGCUGCCUGACAUUAGCCAGAGUCUGUAAAAUGGAUUCCUGAAUCUCAGUAAUAGACUCUGGGGUCUCAGUUACAGGCCUCCAUCACUGCCACAAUCUCGACUGCAGUAUCCAAGCUGGAGAUGUGGGCCUAGGGAUGUGCGGGGUCCGUCCAUUUUGUUUCCCAUCUGACAUUCCUGCUGGUCGUUGGCCAUCAGGGUCCUCCACUGUUCCUUCACUGAUGCUUCUGCUCCUUCAGAUGCCUGAGCCUAGCUGUAGACCUGAAGUCUUGGCUCAGCCUGCGAGUCUGGGCCACAGGUGUCAGCCCAGGACCCGCUCCUCACUCGCCAGGCUUGCAUGGACCCACAUGCGGCUUGUCCUGGCAUUGCUGUUGCUAGAAGCAGACAAGCCACAGACUCAGCCCUGUUCCGCCAAUACCUUAGAGUAAUGACAGGACCCUUAGGAGCAUUGAUAUACAUAGGGAUUUGUGGUGUAAGUCUAUAGCUCCCCGAAAGUGGCAACAUAAGUAGUUAAGAUGACAAAGAAGGCAUACAGCAUGCUUUCCUUCAUCAGUCAGAGCAUUCGUUAAGAGGAUGCAAAAGAGGUUUACCAGGAUGUUGCCUGGAUUGCAGUGUAUUAAUUAUAGGGAGAGGUUUGCAAACUUGGAUUAUUUUCAGUCAAGUGUCAGAGCCUGAGGGGCAACCUAAUUGAUGUUCAUGGAAUUACGAUAGGCUGGAUAAUCAAAUCUCUUUCCUAGGGUGGAAAUGUAAAGUACCAGGGGACAUAGGUUUAAGGUGAGAGGGGGAAAAUUUAAAGAAAAUGUGUGAGGCAAAGUUUUUUACACAGAGUGUAGAUGGCUGGAAUGCGAUGCCGGGGAUGUGGUUAAAACUGAUACAAUAGCAACAUUUAAAAGGCAUUUAGACAGAAACGUGAACUGACAGGGAAUCGAAAGAUAUGAACUGUGUGCAGGCAGGCAGAUUGGAAUACUUUAGAAUGGCACCAUGGUCAGUUCAGAAAUGGUGGGCUGAAAUUGUUCCUGUGCUAUUCUAUGUUCUCUUGCUCUCAGGAGUAUCUUCACCAUCCACAACAGAGCACUUAAGAAUACCUACCCAGACAUACUAAAUAUCCAUAGAGUAGGGGGUGCUUGGGCAGAAAGUCUGCAUCAUAGACAAAAAUGUGCACCUUUGCUUUUUAUUGGUUUGAAUUGCAAAACAAAGCACUAUGAUUGUUUGUGUUUAUGCAAUUUUUUUUAACAAGACUAAAUUAUGUAAUGAAAAGUUCCAAUUCAAUGAACAAUUGAUCACUUUGGUCUGCUCUACAGAUUGACUUGUGUAAGAUGUAUCAUCACCUGUGUUAAAUAAAUGUAAAUAAUUACCUAGUUAUUUUUACUUGUUGAAAAUGUUGCAGCCUAUGUUUAAUAAACGAAAUAAUUUUUCCUUU